UCCUUUCUUAGGUAUAGUUUUCCUCCGAUAUCUACAUAAACUAUUGGAUAUCCUGAAUAGGAUGUCUAUAAAAGCACUGCAUAUUCAGCAACUUGACAGCUUACGAAAAGCCCUCCCUACACUGCGUUCAUACUAAACCCCUAUUUCCCACAAAGUUCAUAGCAAGAAACCAAGAUACAACAAACGUCCGCCAUGGCUUGCACAAAGCAGACUACUGACAAGACUGGGGUCCCCGAAAUUAAUAACACGGACGCCAAAAACCGAGAGUUCGUACAGCUCUGCGGCUUCCGUACUGAAGCAACUGGCCUUAUCCUCGCGGACUUAGCACAGAAGCUCACCCGGGCGUAUCCAGUCAGCAAAUACGUUAUAAACCAUCCCUCCGUGACAUUUGAGCCGUUCUAUUUCUUUUUCUACGGCUCGCUCCAGGCUAAGAGAACUCUGGUGCGUGUGUGCGACCUAGACGAUGAGAACCCAACCCUGAUCCCCGCGUCCAUCAAGGGCUGGAGAAGUAAGUAAACACCGCCCCUGUCCGUACACGAUAACAACUGCUAACUUGAGACGCUUUAGCCAUGAUGUGGGGUGAAUUUCCCGCUUUGGUUCCCGCGGAAGGCAAUGAGGUGAAGGGCAUGUGCUGGAAGUGCGAAUCCCCGGAACACGUGGGCUCGCUUCGUAGCUACGAGACCAAUGCCUAUCGCAUGGAAGUCUGCGAGAUCAUCACAGAUGAGGGUGAAGUGAUCGAGAACGGACGGAUUUUUGUGUCGGCAAAAAUGGAGGAGGGUCUACGUGAGGGCGGCUUUGAUCUCAAGUCGUAUAUUCGCCGCCAUGCAAACUUUUAAGAGCCGUUCAAGGUUCCUGAGAUGAAGAACUCAGCGAAGGAAUUGGUUCGCACUGCAGAGCUGCUUAUGAGAUCGGCUCCUAAUGCAGCUGUGGAGAGUAUGCUAUUCCGAAGACUACCUAAAGUAUCAUCUCAUUAUCCACCGGCAGUGCUUCUCGAAUAUAUUUAGGUAGAGCUGGCACUUUGCUAUUAUGUAUCACUUAGAAGUAAAUUGCACCUAUUAAUUAAAAAGUAAUGAGAGGAUUUCCAAUACUAAGAAAUUAUUAUUUUGGUAUAGAAAAGAAAAAGGGUAUUGUUAUGUAAAG